UACUCACCCACCUCAGCUCGUCGGUCGACUCCAGUUCCAAGAUUCUUCAGACUGCUGGGUUGAACUUUAACGUUUGGGCAGCUGGAUACGAGUUACGAACCUCCGCGCUCAAACACCGCAGCGCCUAAUUGUUCCUAAAGCUCCCUGCCUUGACAGUCCCUUGACUCCUGCAUUCACGAUGGCGCAACAGGCAGGUCAGACCAAAGUCCCGACAGGUUUGCCGCCUAUUGGACCCCUGAUCCAGCAGGAUGAGACCUGGAAGGGUGCCUUGGAAGCAGUCAGCAAGUCAACCGGGCGGCCUAUUGCAGUGCUGCUGGCGUCUCCCGCCCAUCCUCGAGAUAUUGCUGCGUAUCUUGCGUCUCUCAAGGAAGCACGGAAACAGAACAGCCUGUCAAGGACUUGCCGUGCCGUUACCGUUUGCAUAGAUGGAAUCCGGAGGCACGAGAAGGCCCUUGACAUGUUUGCCCAGGCUGGCGGUAUGCCCGGUUGCCUGGCCUGGGAAUGUAUCAAGUUCGCAUUGGAGUUGUCGUACGGCUAUGCCAAAGACUUUGAGCACCUUGUCAGCGCCAUGGCCGACAUUACCAGCUGGCUUGAGCCUGUCUCCAUUGAGGCCAGCACCUUCAAGGACUCCGGAGUGGUUUCCCGCUGCCUCUUGGAGAUCUACACCCACAUCAUUGUCUUUUGGACCAAAUGUGUAGACUUCUUUUCAGCAUCCAAGUUGAAGCGGCUUUAUAGUGCCUUCAGGGCAAUUUGGGCAGACUACAACAGCGAGUACGAGACUCUUCGGGCGAACAUUGACCGCUCGAUCAAGAUGCUUGUCACCGCGGCUGCGGCUGAGCACCAUCGACAGUUCAAGCAAUUCGAGGAGAGGUUGGAUAGAUUGGCCAUGUCAGAGCGACAGCUGGUCCGAGAAAGAGACAUCAAUCACUGGCUGGCUCCGCCGGAGGAUGUGGCUCACGACCUCAACUUUCAAGUGACGGAUCUAGCUAGCAAAUGCUCUGCCCGCUUCGGCAACACCUGCGAAUGGAUCACUGACGAUCCUCAGUACAAGAAAUGGUCAAACUCAACGUCAAGCACAACGCUAUGGAUCGAGUCUGGUCCGGGAACCGGGAAGACGGUCUUGGCCUCCUACAUCAUCACCCAUCAGCUGGCCUUAUCGAAUCAAAGGUGCUUCUACUACUUUUUUCGGGGCACUGACAGUUACCUCAGUACACCACUUGCGGCUGCGAAAUGCCUCCUGAGCCAGAUAUAUUUGCUUUGCCAGCGCGAGCACCCAACUAUGACCCGGGAAUUUGACCUGCUCGCAGCAGCAGUUAUCGAAGACGGGUACACAAAAAGCAAGUCGUUUGACAGAACCUGGAGCAUCUUUGUCUCGUUUGCUUCAUCCCUCCCGGGCGGCUGCGGAGUCAUCAUUGACGGUCUUGAUGAAUGUUCGCAGCCAAAACAGUUCCUUGACUCACUUCUUGCGCUCUCGGCUGGGUGCCCAAUGCCCAUCAAGAUAGCCGUUACUUGUCGGUCAUCCACAAUCAAGCUCGAUGACAAUAAUACCGUCGACGUCUUGAGUCUGGGCUCCAAUCAUUAUGACGACAUUAGAAAGUAUACCACGCACAGGGUCUCAAAUUUUCCAGUCCAGAUCCCUCCCGAACUCAUGGAGACUGUUGUGCAUCGGUUGAGUAAGAAGCAUAAUGGAAUGUUUCUUUGGGUGACGCUCGUUCUUGAGGAGCUAGAAAGCAUGGUCACUGUCGAGGAGCUGAAACGAGCAUUGGACGAUCUGCCCAAAAAGCUGGACGAAGUUUACGACAGGAUCAUAAGGGAACUAGACAACAGGCUAAAGAAAGCGCAACGCCGACUUUGCCAGAAAACUCUCAUAUGGCUAUGCGCAUGCCAACGCCCAGUACAACUCGAUUGGUUCUACGAGGCGCUCAAAGCCGAGUAUCUUGAAGAGGGCUUCCUCAUUAAACGUCAAGAUCUCGCAGAUUCUAUUAAGAUGUCCUGCGGUCCGCUGGUAGUAAUCCGAGGGGACGAGGUCGCUUUUGUACAUUUCACUGUCAAGCAGUUUCUGGAAACAUGUGCCGAGACACGCCAUUCCCUUGCAGGAUUCCAAAUACGGCCGAUAGAAGCCCAUCGCCAUAUCCUGCGGGUGGCCCUAUCCUAUGGAUAUAUCUGGUGUUGAAGCUCGAGCAAUUACCCCUGGAAUUCGUCUUUUGGGACCUUGAGUCCUUAACGGAGACACUGGAGUCCCAGCAGCCUUUCGUGGAUUCACAAGAAGACUUGGACGCGCUCGUCGUCUCUCGUGACUGGUGUGUUCUCUUACACUACAUUCUUUUUG